AAAAUAAUCUCAUCUCCAAACAACGGCUUGGAUGUCCCCAAUCAGCUUCUGUUAAGCCAUCACGGUUACUAUGGAUCCUACCAGGCAGUUCAUGGAUAGGCUCGGAGUCACCGUCGACUCCAAGUCAUCUUACCUCUUGGUCGCCGUACUUCUAGUCGCUGGCACAUACGCUCUCGCCGUACCCAUUAUAAGCUUCAUUCGUGUUUUGUUCAGUCUGUUCAUACUACCUGGAAAAUCUCUAUCUUCCUACGGGCCCCGAGGCUCAUGGGCGCUGAUCACUGGUGCCAGUGAUGGCAUUGGAAAGGAAUUUGCUCUUUCCCUCGCCGCAAAAGGCUACAGCCUCCUCCUCGUUUCGCGCACGCAAUCCAAACUCGACACUCUUGCCUCUGAAAUCUCUACCAAAUAUGGCCCCAAGAUCUCCGUGAAGACGCUCGCCAUGGACUUCGGCCAGAACAAGGACAGCGACUACGCUGCGCUGAGGAAGCUCAUUGAUGGCUUGGACGUCAGUAUUCUGAUAAAUAAUGUGGGACAGAGCCACAGCAUCCCUGUACCAUUCGUCGAGACACCCGCCGAUGAGAUGAACAACAUCAUCACCAUCAACUGCAUGGCUACCCUGAAGGUCACGCAGACAGUUGCGCCCGGCAUGAUCUCGCGCAAGCGCGGUCUCAUCCUCACCAUGGCUUCUACCGGUGGCUUCUUCCCCACGCCUCUCCUUGCAACCUACUCUGGCAGCAAGGCGUUCCUCCAGCAGUGGUCCACCGCUCUCGCCUCUGAACUCGAACCCCACGGUGUGCACGUCCAGUGUGUACAGUCCCACCUUGUUACUACUGCCAUGUCCAAGAUUCGCAAGUCGUCCGCUCUGGUACCCAACCCGCGCCAGUUUGUGAGAAGUGUCCUGGGCAAGCUUGGCAGGAGUGGUGGUGCGCAGAACGUUGCUUUCACCAGCGCUCCGUACUGGAGCCACGGAUUGAUGAUCUGGUUCUUGUCUAGGUUCAUUGGCGAGAGGGCACCUAUCGUUGUGAAAAUCAACAAAAGCAUGCACGAGGAUAUCCGAAAGCGGGCACUGAGAAAAGCCGCGAGAGAUGCGAAGAAGCAGUAGGCGACGAAAAAGGAUUGAGUAGACCAAAAGGACCUUGAUGAACGUUGGUCGAGUCACAGAUUGCAGGGAAGUUUGAUGUAUAAUCUACACGACAACGGUGGUCCAUUAAACAAUAUAAACAUUAGAUGUCAAGUCAAUAUCCAUUUCCCCGAUUGAGAUUAACAUGAUCGCUC